AAAUAUGUAUUCAUAGUGCUUAUAAAACGGCCUAAUAUGAAAUAUCCAUUAUCUCAGGUUGGGAUCAUAACAUAAUUCAUUAUUAUCGCAUAUUAGUAAAGGCAGUUGAUAUUAGGGUACAGCGCUGUUCACACCUCUGUGUGUGUUGAAUACAACUUUGUUCUUAACUCUUUUGCAUUUGUUUUAAUUGCGAAAAUUGUUCGUAUAUUAUUACUCAUCGAUUACAGCGAAAUACACAGUGAAUAUAAUGAGCCGUCGAAACCUUUUUAUUAUCGUUUGAUAAGAAGUUUGCAGGGGAAGGCUGAAUAGUGAAAAAGACCAAGACUCGUUUUGAUUCUACGGAAGGAUUAGACGAAAAUAAUAUUAUUGCUAUAACAAGUGUUCAAAGCCUUCCGGGCACCUUUUCGCCUUAAGUAACAAAUUUUCUCCCUAAACGUUCUGUUUUAUAUGAUCUGAUUUGCAAAUGACUUGACUAUAGUGAAAAAAAAAAAAAAAAUUGAAAAAAGUGAUCCACUAUACUUAUAGCAUACAUUGAUAACUAAUAUCUGUUAGCGUCGUGUUAAUAAUACGAAUUGUAAUUACAUUCUCUGAUUCCUAUAUCCCAAGAUCGCAACUGAAAGUGACCCAUACUUGGUACAUCAGCAUAACAUAGUACUCCAUGAAUAGUAUAAUAUUUGCAGCAAAGAGCCUAACAUACGUUUUUGAUAUUGGGUGAAAAAGCUUUCAAGAUCCAUUCUUCUAUGUUAUUUAUUAUAGAGUUUACUAAAUACAUAAGACGAAUAAGCGGAAGAGAACACAAUUGUUCAAAAAACUAAUCAACCGCAUUGAAACUUUAUUUCUCAUCCAAAAAUAAAGCUAGUAUCAGUAGCAGUAAUGCUUCCACCGCCAUUUUGCCUAGCCUGUCCACCUCCCGAUCAUUAAGUCAUGCCGCUUCGUAUUGCGAUGAUACGUUAUACGCUAUUCAUGAUGAGAUAUCAAUUUUAAAUUUGAGUAUUAACAAAGUUUCCUUAAAGCGUGUUUUAAGGACUUCCAUUAUUAAACAUUUAACAGGUUCACGACUUUCUUGCAUUGGCUGAUUGGACCUCAACUGGGUAUUACAACUAAUACACCUUCUGUGGAGUGAAUUAUAAUUUCUGGUGUAUUAAAUGAACUUAGCGGGCUGACAGGUGAGCUGAUAGAAUUUAUCCCAAAAAAAGGUUGGUUCGUAAGCUGCUUAGCAGGCUGGGAGAAGAAGUGUGUAGACUUGAUAGGGUAUUUAUAGUAGGUAGUAGGACGAAGUGAGGAUAGUAAGAAAUAGAGAUAAAAAAUAGACAAGCUGACGAGGAGAUAAAAAACCUGGUUGGAACGUAAUUACGUAUUAAGUAGAGGACACCUAGAAAGCUAGAAAGGAUAAGUCACUACUCUCAACGAUUUGCUGAAACUCUCUCCGAUCUGCAUAGAAAGGUAGUAGCUUCCCCCAUAGUUUGGCUAAUUAGCACAUAACCCUUUUAAGAAAUGUCCAAAUUGAAUGGGAAAGUCAAGGACUAAGUUAAAUAGCUAAGACGAGAUGAAACGGCGCUGUCAUAGAAAUUAGAAAUUUUCUUUUGCGAUCGUUUUACAGAGUGUCAGGCCCAACGGUAUUCUGCGCAACUUAACAUGUCUGAAGUGACAGCCGAUACCCUGCCUACUGCUAAUCUGGAAAAUAAUGCUAUUAUCAUGGAUUACGAUAAUCAGACACCCAUAUUCUCCUGCACUUUUAGAGCUUUACAAUUAUGGGAUAUUAAAAGACCGAAGGGAAAAGCCGUUGAAAGCGGUACCAACGAAAAAUUCGCCUUAAUCUUUUAUACUUCAGCGGCAGUUACUGGUUAUAGAAUAAAGGUUUGGACUCUAUCAUUGCCGGUGGUCGUAAUAGUGUCUCCAAAGCAAGAACCACAGGCCUUGGUCACUGUUACUUGGGAUAAUGGGUUUUCCAAUAUCGUCCGCGAAGCUUUUCAUGUGCGUGGACAUGCCAUUUGGUCCCAGAUGGUAUUAGCUUUAAAUACUACAUUUGAACCGAUUACUGGUCGGCCUUUAACUGAUGAUAAUUUGAACUUUUUUUUGUGAAAAGCUUUUCCCAUUAAAAAACGCGGGAGGAGAGCACAUGAGUACAAUUUUGUAAAGGAAAAGUACGCGAGCUUAAUUCGUUCACAUUCUGGGAAUGAUUUCUAGCUGUUACGAAAUUAACUAAGGAACAUUGUCAAAGCAUUUGGAAGGCUGGUUUAAUAAUGGGCUCUAUCAGUAAGCCUAAAACCGAAGAGAUUUUGCGUUAAUCACCUGUGGGCACAUUUUUAUUGAGAUUCUCUGACAGUGAAUUAGGCGGUAUCAUCUCAGUGGUUAUUUCUGCAACCAGUUUAAACUGUCUUACAAGGAUUAGGAUCUG